AUGCACCCAUAUCCGCUCAAAGGCUCCAAGGGGGCGUCGUUGCCGCCGCGGCCGACCCUCGUCUUCCUCAUCGCGCUCUUUGGCCUCUAUGUGUGCUACCUCUCCUUCAAUCAGAUAAGGAUGGAGAGCAAGCAUGUGGAGGAGAAUGGUGCACAAGAACAAGAUGAACAUGUUUGCGCAAAGCCUUAUGUUCCAAGUGAGGAGCUGCCCUACGUGCACUUCCCAAAGCCAAAGGGUUACAGCAGGGCGGAAUGCUCGUGUAAUCCUGUUCGGUUCUUUGUGAUCGUGUCGAUGCAAAGAUCGGGAAGUGGAUGGUUCGAGACACUGCUAAACAGCCACCCUAACAUCAGCUCGAACGGCGAAAUAUUCAACAGAGUGGAUAGAAGACAAAAUAUAUCGUCCAUCGUACAAACACUCGACAAACUGUAUGACUUGGACUGGCUCACAAGUGCAGCAAAGAAUGAGUGCACGGCUGCAUUUGGAUUCAAGUGGAUGCUAAAUCAGAUGUCAGUGCUAUGUCAGGUCACGUUAAUGAUACCAAACUUUUCUAAAAGCCAGGGUUUUAUGGACCAUCAUGAUGAAAUACUUAGUUAUUUGAACAAGAAGGGUGUCUCAGUGAUAUUUCUCUUCAGGAGAAAUACAUUGCGCAGGCUUAUCUCUGUGUUGGCCAACAACUAUGACAGAGAUGCAAAGCAGCUGAAUGGAACCCAUAAAUCUCACGUUCACUCGGAAGAAGAGGCCGAGAUACUCGCAAAAUUCAAACCAGAACUGGACGUGUCAACCCUGGUUUCAAACAUCAGGGACGUCGAGAAGUACAUGGGAGACUGCUUGGACAGCUUCAACACGACACGGCGCAUGAUCCUCUACUACGAGGACAUAAUCAGAAACAGAAAUGCAUUGUUCCAGGUGCAGGAAUUCCUCGGUGUUCCGGUGAGGAAACUGGUGAGCAGGCAGGUGAAGAUCCAUACGCGCCCGCUUCCGGAUCUUGUCAGGAACUGGGACGAUGUGAACAGCAGACUCAACGGGACAGAGUACGCGCGUUUCCUCGAUGGCGCAGAUUACGUGAAGUGA